UCCGUUAUUGUAGUUCGUGUAUGGUUUGUGUUUGCCAGGAUCUUGCGCCCGCCUUCCGUGUUUGUGUCAGUGUUCGUAGUUGUAAUAGAAAUGGCUUUCCAGCAUCAACCUGGAACUGCAAUGCAAUGUUUAAGCAUUCCGAUCAAACUUGCCAAAGAAGUCGGAAUUGACCCGGAGGGAAGGGAAGUUAUGAAAUGUGGCUUCAAGAUUGGAGGCGGAAUAGAUCAGGACUUCACAAGAAGUCCACAGGGUUACACAGACAAUGGCAUCUAUGUAACUGAGGUUUAUGACAGCAGUCCAGCUGCACGAUGUGGACUUAAGGUUCAUGAUAAGAUACUACAGGUGAAUGGAUACGACUUCACCAUGGUUACACACAAGAAGGCAGUGGAGUACAUCAAGAAGCAUCCCGUCCUCAAUAUGCUCAUCGCUCGGAAAGGCGUGACACACUCGUGAGACACGUGGACGGAUGCAAUCUCACGUUGCACUCUUAGGCCUAGUUUUCAAAUUUCUAUCAGAGUAUUCUGUUUUACACGGAGUUUUUUUUACGUGUUACAUACUUUUCCAGAAACUUUUAUUCAGAGUCAUAUUUUUUUUCCGCUAGUUGACAGCAUACUAGCCUUUUGCGUACCAAAGUCACAAGUCAUGUCCAUUUUCAGCUUGUUACAUUCACAAAACGUUGCUAGUGCUUGAUGCCGGCUGUUGCCGCAUAUUUGGCAAGCAGUGGCUGUCACCAUGGAAAUGCACUGUGCGAGAGUUGAACUUUUUUUUUUUACAUUUAAUGUGCAGGAACCUGUGGAAGAAAGGUAAAUCACAAUUAUGAAUACAAGUAGCUGUCAUACAUAGAUGCCAUAGGCUGUCUACAACACAUUCACGUGGAAAGUAAAUAAGGAGCACCCUGUGCAAGUCAGCAAGCCGUUAGGGAUUAAUUGAAAUACUGUAAGACUCUCAAUGUUUGUGAUCCCCCCAGUUUUUUUGCAAAUUGAAAGGAAUUUUAAGGGCAUGCAAACUUUUUAGCAAAAUUGUGACACCUUUCGAAAACUGGUAAUCAUGUGAGCUGCUGUUUAUGGCACAAGCAUGUGCGAUGUCACUUUUAUCAAAUGCGGUACGGGCAAUCUCAGUCUUAUCACGAAGUAAGCCAAUCAAUUUUAGCCACGAAUUUUAGGAACCAGAAUUCUCUAAAUCUAGUGGCAGGGAAUGUGUGCCCUGUGCCCCGUUUUGCAAACAAAACGUGCAAAAGUGCAACACAGUGCAAAGUCACUUGUAGGACACCAACUGUGAGCUGUUUGAUGUCGAAUCAUAGUAGAGGGAAGCUGGAAUGCACUCACAAUCAAUCUACCUAUCUUCUGCAAUCCUGAGAGUAGUACUUCCUGGUCUUCAGCAGCAUACUGCAUACUUGAAGCAGUGUGGUACAUCCUGGGUAUUCCCCUUACAUACGCAUUUAUGUUAUGCAGUUUUGGGGGCCACACCCUCUAGCACCUACAGAUAGUUGUGGCUAAGGUUUGCCCUAAGUUCAUAUGAGCAGUAAAGUGCAGUAUACUUAAAGCUGAUAUCACACUUUACCAGAUGCUAUAUUAUGCUUGAUAAAUGUAAAGCAGCGAUUUUUAUUUUCAUCAAUAUGAACCUGCAUUCCAAGUAUUGCAGCAAUGGGGUAAUAGAAGGAGGGUAGCAAAGAUGCAAACCAUGUACACAUUAAAAGUGUCACAACUAGAGCACUGCACAGGCCAUCUACGAAACGGAUACCACUGUGUUUGGCAUCGGCCGACAAUCAACCUGGCUAAUUUUUUCGUCAAGACAGCGCUUACAUAUUAAAUGAACAAAUUUUAAAGAUCGGCUGCAGAGGCGGAGGAGUUGGAGGAGUGAUUUCACUCCCUAAGCGGAGGAGUGAGAGGGCGGCGAUCAGAGGAGGCGCCACUUCUUUUCUCGAGGUUGUGCCCCCACUUCUUAGGGAGUGACAUUUUCUCGUUUUUCCAGAGAGGGAAUUCCUGCAUACUCUCAACAUCCGCCGUCUGCUCUUCUCCUGUAUUCCAUCAAAUAACAGUCAAACCACGCCGCUCUUUCGCGCAAGAUUUUUCGACACCAUGGUCGGUGGUCCACGAGGAAUAAAACGACGCUAUAAUUUCUAAGUCGGCCGGAACGGAUUCGGCCGCCCCUUUAAAUCGUUUACAAUUCCAUACCCAACCAGAACCCGAAAAAUUUAUAGCUUUUCAGCCCUGCCCAUCAACCACCGAGUAGCUGGGUAUAAAAGUUGACCGUGGCUAACUAAGAGUGGGGCAGCACAGGUCAGGCCCGGGUGAGCAUGAGCCUGUGCAGCGCUCUAGUCAACAACCCCUUUAUGUUUGCAGAAAGAACUCCACCUCAUUGUGCCCUAUCGACCACAGGACCAAUAUUCACGUACAUCCCAGAUUUUGAGGAAGUUUUAACAUAAAGGCUUUUGAUGCCAAGUAUAGAGCCCCAUAGCUGCAGGUAUACACAUAACGCGUUGAUUACUGGUGAACAUUGACUGGUGUGCAGAAUGAACAAAUCGCUUGUCACUUCUGUGCUGCCUGCUUCACACUUAUUAAUGUUCACAGUACCAUGUUUUUUUUUCUGUGGAGUACUUCGAUAGGACGUGUGUGUGUGUGGAUAUGCUGUAUAGUGAAUGUUACUUUACUGUGGUGCAUUUUUGUAAAACAACUUUAUUAUAUUUCAUAGUAUAAGUAUGUUAGCAUAUGCUCCCAACUAUAGUAUGGCUUCAUGUACAGAUAUUCACUGAAUAGCAAUAUGUUUACCGAUAGCGUUGCCUUUGGCAACUGAGGUAGGCAAUUAGUUUCUCAAAUACCAACAGAACCGUCCGAGGAGGAGGUUGUAUUCAGUGAUUGUCGGCCUGCUAGUUUCUUUGUGGCAUUCAUUUUUGCAUCUUUAUUUCUGUGUCAAGUUCUAGAACGUACUGUGCUUUUCUCUAAAUAUGCUGUAAAUCAACAUGAAGAAUCGGAGAUUUGUGGCAUAAUGCAACAUAUUUUACAGGUGUAUAACUAGGUUGACAUUUAUUGGUCUCGUAGCAACAUUGGCUCGCAAGUGCAUGCAAGCAGUUAAUGUUGAGAACUUUCAGAACACCACAUAAGACAGCUCCAACUUGCUGUUUGUUUUAGAGGAGCACUAAAAUGCAAAAACAACUUGCUCUCAAAUGAAAGUUUCAGUUUCAGUUAGUAUAAUGCAAGCAAAAUUAGUUUACACAGUGCUAUCGUUUAGAAGAAAAAACGCAAUGAAAACAGAGACGUCUUUGGCGGCAACGACUGGGAUCCCCAGGAAGCAAAGAUUGGCAGCGUCCAGUGAGACAGCAGGAGAAGCACACACGCGUAACGUAAUUUGAGGUGAACUUGUUUUUGCAUUUUAGUGCCCCUUUUAGCAUUUUAUUAGUGUGCAUCUGUAAUAUGUCAAGGAGGACCAGACUUUUUGUUCCAGCAUGUAUUGUUGGUCUGUUAUGUUCUCUAUCUUAUUAUGCCACCUUAUAUACACAACAAAACGUUUACCAUUUCCACAAAGACGCUGCAUUUCACCUCCCGUAUUGAGCGUGCAACAGUCCUGUGGUUUCCUCAGUAUUUCAACAGAGUAUUUCACGUUGGUACCUUUCUUCUUUCUUCACAUUUUCAAAUGGUGAUGUAAAAUGCGAGUUUGAUGCUUCCAUAUUUUAUAACAUGUACAGGCAAAUACUUAUGUGCUCCUCGGAUCCUGUUGAUAAGUCAAUACCAUUUCAUUGUUAUAAGACCAGUUCUCAGAUUCAGACAGUUUAGCAGUGUGUACAUUAUGAGCAGGCAAACAACCCAACCAAGCUGCACAAAAAUUGAUUCGUUUUAUGAGAGCUGAAAGCGGGAAUUCAAGUGUGAUGCAACAUAAACUAUAACCGGAUUGCCGACUGCAUACUUGUGAACGAAAGCAACUGCAUGUGUUCUGAUGUUGCAUGAUGAAUCUUGUCAGUUACAUUAAACCUCGAAAACACAACAUCA